GACUUUAUAGGGAGGGUCCCUGAGUAAUUGGUUAGCAUGUAAACAAGCUUCAGAAAAUUAGUUAAUGUUAUGACUUUGGCGUCGUGAAUGUGUCUCGGAAGUGCUCCAGUCGCGACGCUGAAUGACGUUAUAUAGUCAAGAUGAUGCUAAUUUAAGGAAAUGCGUGAGACAUGGCUCUUCGGUGCUCAGAAGCAGCCAUUCCCAAUGCCCCAUGGACAAAGCUAAAGGGUCUCAUCACAUAAAGAAGCAAUCAUUCUUAGGGGAAAUGGCACUGGCGUUGUCGACGAGGUUACGCCUGAGACGAUCUAGUCCCUUCCUCUGGGGUCUCGGAUUCUGCCUCGUCUGCUUCUUCUUUAUUGCUUUGCCUUCUUUCAACUCAGGUCAGCAGCGGUGCGACUGCCAUGGAAACCACAAAGUGCCAAUGGGGGUGGAGGGUCUGCCCAACGUGCCCGACGGGUACAAGGCCAGUUCGCUGGACAAACACAACAUGGCCAUCCUCAUACCCUUUAGGUGA